GAUUCCAGUAUACUACACACAAGAUGUAUAAUGACAUGUGCACGUCUAAAGUGGUUUGAUAUGCAUCUCCUUUUUCUUGCAUCCCUCGAAGGGCUGUUUGCUCAUCGUGGUUCUCUCCUCUCGGUUGGUUCAACAUCUCCAGACCCGUUUUCAACCAUUCCUAAGUGAAGUGGGAUGCUGCUUGGGAAAUCAUUCAUUAAAUUUAUAAUCUGACGAAUAAUCAUCAGUUACAGUAUAGUUGAAUCCAUGAUCAGUUAAAUGUGAUCGGUUUCUAACUAUAAAUGCGCUUCUAAUGUCAAGUUUAGUGUCAACAAGAUUUUGGACUUUUCUUAGUAUCCUAUACCAUUCGAAUUUCCUGUAUCUGCAAAUUGAUAUGGUUACGACCUAAUCUCGUGUCCUAAUUUCGCCUUGGAGACAACACUAACUGCUUUCAGCUUGACAUUAAUGUUUCAACAUGGCUGCCACUCCGUCUUCGACUAGGACUGCGGUUCGCGGGUUCGUGCUCGAAAGGCGACGUCUGCAGAUGACCCUCUUCAACUUCGAGGAUUUGGCGGGAAUCGGAAGCAAACUCUACUCACCCAAUGCUCACAUGAUGUACCCGGGGUGUAGCCCCAUGGAGGAGAAAUCACCAGAGGCUGUUUUUCGCUGGUUCCGAAAACUUGGCGGGACAAAACUGGGAAUCAGCGUGCAGGAAGUCGGAGAUGACAUGGACAGCGAACGGCUCUUCGAAUGGAGCUAUGUCAGACUGACCAAAGCCGGUGGUCAAGUGUUAAAAGAAGGAAAGUUAGCAGCAGUGUGGAAGAAAAAUGGAUCCAGUUUUGUUAUCGACGUAGAAAGCUUCACUCACAACGCUUAGAAAGCUUCUCUCGUACUUGUUUCAAAUUUAGUAAUCAAAUUCAAAUUUAACUUCACUUUGGGCUGAGCCUAAGUGAGAGUUUUUGUGCGAGUCGUAUAUAGAAUGGUUUUAAGAACCAGGAUUUUAAUACUUUUGUUUAAAUAUAUCGACCUGCCGUUUUAUCUAAAAUCUACCUUUCACGCAGAACGAGAAGUUGGUUAUAUGGGCGUAUAUUCACGCUUUGCAUACCGUACGAAAAAUUUGUGCAUCUGAAAGUGAGUGAAGAAAUAUUCGGUAUAAAAACUUUUAAAAAGGACGAAAAGAUGACAGGCACUGUAUCAGUGAAAGCGCCAUGGGGCAAGGGGAUGACCCCUUAAGUGGAAUUUAUUGAAAAAAUGAGAAGACAGAAAAGGGGCGGAAAAUAAGAGAAGAAAGAAGAAAUAAAAAGAGAAAUUAAGCUAUGCGUCGUGUAAUAGCCCAUAUUUUAUUCGAUGAAUAAGUGAAGUCGCUUAUUUCACCAUGACCUGAAAAAAACUGAUCACCAGUCCUUACCAUGGCCUUCCAAGUGAUAGAGUAAAGGUCAUUUGGGAUAAAAAAUUAAAAUUCUGAUACCUUUUCACUAAAAAAGUGCCAAUAUAUGCCAACGCCGUUUCAAUACAUUCAAUUCAUGAGUAUGUAUUGGAUUAUCAGACUAACCAGUUACCCCCCCCCCCCCCCCUUGAAAAUGAUGGACAAAGUCAGUUAGUAUAGAUCCUUCCUAACAGAAAAUGUUAACAGGGACCUGGGAAGAGAGGGUGCUGGUAUUGAAAAAUAUAUAUUGACAAGGAAAAAAUGGCCUCUCAAAAAAAUGAAGGUGAAUUUGGUCAGAAAAGAAUCUGAUAAGCAAAAAAAAAUGGUUAUCACUCCAAACUGAAGGUGAUUUUGGUCAAAUUAAUACUUUUUAGCAUACUGAUCUGAUCCCCAGGGGUUGCUGCCUAUGGUGUAUGACAUAGGCCUACGCAGCACCCCAUCUUAGGGGAGGGGUUGCUUCAGCACCCCCAGCACUCCCACUUUAAGGGCCACGAAGGUAAAUCCAGAAACAGAUUAUGAUACAAAAUGAAAUCUGAAAACAUUGGCGUAUAUAAAAUUUUGAGGUCGAGUUUGGAGUCUGUACGCACUACAAUAUUUCUGACAGAGACAAAAAAUACAAAUAUGAACUUUUUAAUAUGAUAAAUUGAAUCCACAUAAUAUAUUUCAGAUUGUUCUUUGAGCCUGAUGUUGCCAUCAUAACUUAAAUGAUGAAAAGUGUCACAUGACUGCCACGUAAUAAACCAUAAUUAAAUAAAAAGUACAAGGUUUUACAUCAAGCUAAUUAAAUGUCUAUUAACACUAUUGUUUAAUCUGUCCAUGUUGGGAGCUAAAGGGAUUGUGUUUGAUUGAUAAAUAUGAAUAAUAGGAAGACUGGUAGGUUUUCUUUAAUGGUGCCGUGCAAUAUUCUCUCGGAUUAGAAAAAAUGUAAUCUACACGACCUGGUUAAAGUAUCAUUCAGUUUAUUUCACGAUUGCAUAAGAAAAUAUGUGAAAUGCGAAUAAUUCUCCCAUUUCCGUUCACCGUUUUAAGCCUCGCUUCUUCCUUAUGUAUUUUUAUAUCUUUAUCUAAACUGGGGUUUUUAUGGGGGGGGGGGUUGCUACUCUCCUUUGUCUCUUAAGUGCAAAUAAUAUUUGAAAUGCAGAAUAGCAAUUAAAGAAUGAUAUGAAAUCGAUUUCAAAGCUCAUUGUAUUGUUUUCUUUUUCCUUCACUUUAUAUAACGACUUUUUUUUUCAUCUUUAUUCACUUCAUGCUCUCUUCUCUUCUCUCUCUCCUUCUUUUUUUCUGUUCCCUCUGGACAUACCUAUCACAAUGAUUCAUUAAACAGAAAAAAAGAAAACC